AUGAAGAAAGCCGUAACUGACUUUGUUGCAAGCUGCCUGGUAUGUCAACAACAUAAAUAUUUGUCAUCCUCUCCACAGGGGUUGUUGCAACCUUUACCCAUACCCAACGCCAUUUGGGAGGAGAUCAGCAUGGAUUUUAUCGUUAAGUUGCCCAAGUUCCACGGGUAUGAUGUUGUGCUGGUAGUGGUAGACCGCCUCAACAAAUAUGGACACUUGAUACCACUGAAACAUCCAUAUUCCGCUCGAACCGUAGCUGAAGUGUUUGUAAAGAAGAUUGUCCGGUUGCAAGGGGUGCCAAUAUCUAUCGUGAGUUACCGGGAUCCACUGUUCGUUCCGGGGGAAACCUUAGUGGAAGCCGUCGGCCAGGAGUUACAGACGAGGGAUGAGGCACUCAACCAGCUAAAAUUCCAUCUAGCCAGGGCUCAAGAACUAAUAGUGAGGCAGGCCAACAAGGCAAGAAGACCAUCCAAUGUGGAGGUGGGAGAUUGGGUGUAUCUAAAGAUCAGACCCCACCGACAGACGUCGAUGCCGUCCACGCUGCAUUUUAAACUGGCCGCUCGGUAUUUUGGACCUUUCCCGAUCAUACAGCAGAUAGGAGAAGUGGCAUUCAAGUUGCAACUACCCGAAGCCGCGCGGAUACAUCCAGUGUUCCAUGUGUCGCAACUAAAGAAGGCCGUGGGAGAGAACAGUGUGGAGAAAGAGUUACCCAUAGACUUAGAGAUGGAGGGACCGUCUCCCUGGCCGAUCCGAGUUCUGGAUAAAAGGCAGGUGCAACAAGGAGAGGACGAACGGCAGGAGGUGUUGAUCGAAUGGCAAGAGGGAGGACCGGACGGGGCAACAUGGGAAGAUGCCAUAACCAUCCGAGAUCAAUAUCCAGACUUCAACCUUGAGGGCAAGGUUGAUCUUCAGGAGGUGGGUAAUGUUAGGGGCUGGCGAGUUUACGAGAGAAGAAGAUAUAGGAGAAAGAGAGAGAGAAGGGGUUCGUACGGACAGUGGCCGAACGGUUGA